GUUUAUGAACAACCUUGAUCACAAAGCUCAGAGAUUGAAAACAAAAAUAAAUUUGAGGGGCUGUUACAUUUUUUUGUUUUUUUUUUUCGCAGGAUUUUUGCAAGGCCACAUAUAGGAUUUUCAUCUGCUUCAGGAAGGUGGUCUCGCGGUGACGCCAUGCCGUGUGACGUCACCUCGGCGCCGCUGCUGGAGCGGUCCGAUGACGAGCCGGAGCCGCCGGCGCGGCCGGCCACCCCGCCGCCGGCCGCCGGCACCUCCUGGCCGGCCGCCGUGUUCCUCAUAGUGAACGCGGCGCUGGGCGCCGGGCUGCUCAACUUUCCGCAGGCGUACGACCAGGCCGGCGGGCUGGCGGUGGCGCUCUCCGUGCAGGCCACGCUGCUGGUGUUUAUCGUGGCGGCGCUGCUCGUGCUGGCCGUGUGCUCGGACCACGCCGGCGCCGCCACCUACCAGGACGCGGUGCACGGCCUGCUGGGCGCGCCCGGCCUCUGGGCCUGCUCGGCGGCCAUCGCGCUCUACUGCUACGGCACCUGCGUCACCUUCCUCAUCGUGAUCCGAGACCAGUCGGACGUGGUGUUCUCGUCGCUGGCCGGACCUCAGUUCUGUAAGACCUGGUACAUGAGCCACCUCUUCACCAUGCCUGUCACCGUGGCUCUGUUCGUGCUGCCACUCUGCUUCUCAAAAAGGAUCGACUUCCUGAAAUGGGCGAGCGCGGUGGGCGUGGCGGCGAUAUUCUACCUGGACGGACUCAUCACUGUGAAAUACUUCACGGGCGGGUUCGAGCCGGGUCCCAUCAAACACCGACCGGACACGUGGACGGACGUGUUCCUCGUGAUGCCCACCAUCUGUUUCGGCUACCAGUGUCACGUGUCGGUGGUGCCCAUCUACUCGUGUCUGCGCGUGCGGACGCCGACCACGUUCCUGCGCUCCGCUCUGACGGCCAUCGCGGUGUGCGUAGCCACGUACACAGUGGCGGGCACCUUUGGCUACCUGACAUUCGGCGGCCGCGUCACCAGCGACGUACUCAUGUCGUACAACGCGCGCGACCCGUGGGUCAUGGCCGGCAUCGUCGCCAUCGCCGUCAAGACGUACACCACGUACCCGAUCCUGCUGUUCUGCGGCCGGGAGGCCGUGGUCCGGCUGUGGGUGGCCGGUCGCGGCCUGGACGAGUCGGCGGCCGCCACCGGUGAGCUGCCCCGCCGCUGUGUGGUGGCCACCCUCUGGCUCGUCUCCUCGGUGCUGCUGGCUCUGGUGACACCCAGCAUUGGCGCCGUGAUUCAACUACUCGGCAGUCUGGCAGCGCUCUUCAUCUUCGUCUUCCCAGGGCUGUGCCUGCUGCGCCUGGUGCUGGAGAAGGACCCGGAGUUGCUGCUGCGCAAGGACCGCUGGCUGACCGCGUUCGCCGUGGCGCUCACCUCCGUGGGGGCGUUCGUGUUCGGUCUAGUGCUGACCCAGGCGCUGGAGGAGGACAUCGAGCACCUGGGGCCGCCCAUCACCGACCUGUGCGUGGUGAACCGCGUCACCAGCCAGCUCAUGAUGCACGGGUGAUGCGCUGACCGCUGCGGGGACUGAUAUUUACUGACUUGUCGUUCAGCCUAUGAUGCACGGAUGGUACGACGGUCGUCGCGGGCUGAUGUUUACUGACCUGUGUGUUUGCAUUGGGGGAAGGGGACACCUCAUACGUGCACUUGUACUCGAAUGUGUAGCGAUCGUGCGAAAACACCAUGUUAUUAUGAAGUCAUCAGACAACUUUCCGAUCUGUCGAACCAGCUAAACUGACUCGUUUAUUGUAGCGUGCUUUUGCCGUGAUUAUUGUAUGUUCGACCUCCGGAGCGUAUACCGAGUGUUACAUUCAUUCUAGGCUGUGUGUAGUGUUUUGUUGUGAGUUUUGUGGCUGAUACAUUGAAAUCCUACUUGUGCUUUAGGUUUUGUAUCGAUCGGUUACAUCAUAUUGGUCUCAUGUCUUAUCUGCCGAUGCACCACAUUCUUACAAUUAUCAUUUAAGAGAGGCACAUUAGUCAUUAUUUAGCUGUGGUGCGGAUUCAACCUCAACGUUCUUGCCUUUUUUAGCGUUUAGUUGAUUAGCUUGUUGGAAGGAAAAUUCGCCGACUUUCAAAGUUAGGUACCCUUUUUGGGAAAUAGGUUUCGGUGACUAGUGACUACGAAUUUUCCCCGACAACGAUUGGCAUAAUAAUUCAUUGAAAACAAUAAAUGGACAUCCCGCUGAAUGCAACGUGUUCUCGAGGUGCUGUUCGGUGAAUGUUUUAGGAUAAACAUUGACUUGUGGUCUCCAAUGAGUGCAGAUGUUCUAUAAGUAUAUGCUGACGACAUUUUUUAGAUGACCAAGCCAUUUUGCAGUGACACCAUUGCAAGUGUUCUUGAAUCGAGCAUGAGCAGAUCUUCGCAGACUGGAUAAGCCUCGCCGUGGGGUCUCGUAACUAUGUACCGUUCUCCUUUUCAGGAUUCGUAUGCUUUGUUAAUCGUGGGUUCACCGGCAUGCAGAUUUUUGCCAAGCUGCCGGACGGCGGCACGGAGCCGCCCUCCUGGGCGCUGGUGGAGCUGCAGGGCGACCUCGAGUCGCGGUCGGCCACCUCGCUGGCCGGCCAGCUGAUCGGCGACCUGCACUUCACGCGACAGGGCGCACCCGUGCUCAUCGUCGGCCACCACAUCCUCUGGGGCAAGGUGACCGCCCUCGAGAAGCCGCUGCUGGUCAUGCGCAAACGGGAUGACCUGACGCCUGCCGCGGCAGAAUCAGACGCCAUGGAAACGGAUGCUGAGCCGGAGAGCCGCUACCACGUGCAGGCCAUCGUCCGAAACAAGAUCCUGUUCAAGAGUCGACCCAAACCCAUCAUCGCUAACGUGCCAAAGAAGAUCUGACACGGGCCCGUCCGUCCAUGUGAGUGUCGCUGACGCUGAUCACGCGUCCGUCUGACGGCCGCCGCGGCCGGGACGGCCGAUAGCGACGUCUGCCCGGUGCUGACGGUGUCGCCCGGCGCGGCGGUGUCGGGACGGCGGCCAAGGUAUGCGCGCCGCCGGCCGGGUCGGGGUCGUCUAUCUCUGGCCGGUCCCGUGCCGCGCUGGCCGCCGGCCAACGCCAUCCGGCCAGCCAAACGUCACCGCACGCGCGCGCGACCCCGCUCAGCCGCCAGCCGGCCCCUCGGGGACUGAGUGACCCGGCAAAUGGGGGUGGAACAGACUGCUGGGAGAUAAGAGGGGUUUCGUCUGCGGCAGAACCGCGGUCGAUCCAGCGCAUAUUUUUAGGCAUUUAGAAGGACGCUUCAUUUCAUUGAGCUCCGUGAAUUAGUCGUCAUCACAGAUUCACAAUCGUUACUGUUGCUGAUCAUUUUGCCUGAUGAUGAGUACGUACUGGAUGAUUCAUAUGAGGAAGGAUAUGAUGCCUGAAAGUCGUAUCUUGCCCAGGGUGUCGUCAGGACGCAGCGCAUGUAUUGUUCAUAUGACGUUAUUUCUAAUAAAAUAUAAAUAUCCUUAA